AUGGACGAGAGUAAGACGAAGGAGAUCGAGAUAGCUGUAAGUUUGCUGGGGUCCUACCGCGCUAGGUGCUCUGAGAUGCUGGAAGCUGCUCGUCGGCGCCGCGUCACGGCGGGCGACAUUGAGCUGCGCUACUUGGACUUCCUCGAGAAGGAGCUCAGCUUCAUCGUCGCCGGUUUGACGGUAGGGGGGCAUGCAUGCAUGGAUUCCGAGGAGGAGCUGUGCAUGGAUUCCGAGGAGGAGCUGGGAAUGGGAGAGGCAGACACGGUCGCGCCUGCUGCUCCCGAGCGACAGAUCGAGGAAGCUAUAGGUUCUCUAGAGUCCGGCUGCGCGAGGUGCUCUGAGAUGAUGGAAGCUGCUCGUCCGGGCCGCGGCACGGGCGACUUUAAGCUUCGCUGCUUGGACUUCCUAGAGAAGGAGCUCAGAUACAUCGUCGCGUGUUUGACUGCACUGAGCCCGCAGCAUGUCGACGAGGAGAUGACGGGAUGGCUGCAAGAUUUAACUGCCACUGCGAAAUAUCUCCCCGACCAAGCUGAUCUCCAACGUGACAACACCCUGCUGCGGAGAGCCUCGCGGUUCUUCCGCUGCAGUAGCAAUCGAUAUCCAUAUUGGCUGAUGGGUGAAGCGAGAUCUUUUUCUCGUCUGGCUGAAGAUUCCUUUAGGUAUAGGCAUCUUCUUCAAGCUACCUCUCGCCAUGGUACAAGUUAUGACCUACCAGAGUUGUACAUGAUCAUGUUUCCUGAUGGGUACAUGUUUGAGAAGGAUCAACUUGUCAUGAGAUGUUCGUAUGAAGGCGGUUUCCGUCUACCUGAUGACCCCUUUAGCCGUCUAGUCAGUCGGAAUGUGAUCACCCAUGCAGCACCAAAUUCCAGACGACGCACUAAUCGGCCGGAUGAAGCCGAGACCUGGCAGUGGAAUGUCAAUAAUCCCAUUCAGUACCAGUUCCUUGCCUCCAAAUCAGCAGAGAUGGGUUUUGUCUUCACCAGCGCCACGCUCAACUUAUUGUUAGCGGCAGGAUCAUCAACAGGCCACGGCAACGAAGCUAGUCGGAUACCACGGAGGCUUGCCCUCCACCAGGAUGAUCCAAACAUCCCAUCUCUGCUUCAAGAAAUUGAUCUGUCCCAGACACGUUCGCUAGCAGUGUCUGGUGCAGUCAGCAUUGAGGUCCCCUUGGACAAGUUUGUCAAUCUAUUGGUGUUGGAUGUCGAAGGUUGGGAGAAUUUUGGAGACGAGGAUCUGCUGCGGAUAUGCAGAAGCAAAAUGUUUUUUCUGGAGUAUCUGAGCAUUAGGAACACUCGAGUCAGCAAGCUCCCGCCAGAGAUCAACGAGCUGUGUAGACUGCAGGUAUUGGACGCAAGUAAAACACAGGUAACUGAGAUCCCGUUUGGGGUGUUCGUGGCAACAAGAUUGUACAGACUGGACCUAAGAGGCACACCGAUAAGGCAGCUGACACUGCCCAAGCAAAUUCUGGGGCUGCAGAACAGUUUACUAGCCACUAUUGAUUUAAGCGAACAACCUGCUAGCUUCGUCAAGGCUCUCGGUGAUCUACGCUGGCUGGAGGUGCUUGCAAUAAAGUGGUCCUUUCACCAGUCCUCCGACAGAGAUUACUGUGAAGCAUUACUAUCAUCCAUCAAAAGGUGGAGAUGGCUCAAGUCUCUGACCAUUCACUGUGGACUCGGCUGCUCCAUGGAGUUCCUGGGCUCCCUUUCUGAUCCGCCUGUGUUCUUUGACAAAUUCAAGGUGACACUGGGAAGAUUCGUAGGUGUUCCCCAAUGGUUCAGUGGGCUCAAGUAUCUAUCUUUCGUGCAAAUUAUUGUCUGCAAACAAGGGGCUCGUGAUCUGGAGAUACUCAGAGACUUACGUAAACUGAAAUGCCUAAUACUAGGCUUGGACUUCAUUCCCAGAGAAGCUAUAGUGAUUAAAAAUGGAGGGUUCCAUGAGCUCCAGAGGUUCUCCAUCGACUGCCCAGUGCCAUGGCUGACCUUUGAAUCAGAAGCGAUGCCUGAGCUCACAUAUCUUCAACUGGAGUUCCAUGCUUGCCCAACGAGCCCAAGUAGUGUUCCUUCAGGUAUCAGCAACUUAAGUAGCCUUGAAGAGGUUGCCCUGUACUACAAUGUGAGGUAUGCUAACAGCUCCAGUGUCAAGAUGACCGUGGAGGCAGUGAGAAAAGAAGUUGCUAAGCGCCGCAACAGGACCCAGAUGAUCAGCCUUUUCAUCAAUGACGGCAUUGAACAAGAUGAUGCUCAGGCAGUUGAUAAGGAGACAGAGAGUACAACCGGAGCUCCAAGCGGACCCGAUGCUGGAGCUGAAGGUGAAGCAGUUGUCGAGAAGACUACAGCAGUGGUUGAUACUGAGAUUACUGAAGCAGAAAGUUGAGCCAAAGCGACUGCACCACUGGUUGAUAUUGAGAUCACAAGACAAGGAAUGAUCAUCUCCUCUCUAGAGCAGCCUCCUGUGUGUUGCAGUUGGUUGCUAUAUUACAACUCUGAUCCUCCCAUUCUUCUAUGACUGUCACCUAGUUAUCUUUUGGUUCCUCCGUGUAACUAUAGCAUUUGCACUGUUGUUUGCAGUUUCAUUUACAUUGGUGUUUGUUAAAAGUUCCAGUGUGGGAAUAAAGAAUGUCUUCCAAUUCCUAUGGAAGUCGUGCUGUUCCACGCAGGAAAAAUGCAAAUGCAGUAUUGCUUGUGUUUAGGUGUUCUUUCACUGUAUCUUGUGGAUUUGCAUGUAAGACUUCAUCAUGAUGCGAUAAUGCAAGAAUUUGAGUUAUA